AUGGAUUCGUCUCCACUCGCACUAGCUUAUGAUCAUGCUCGAGCUGCUUCUGUAGCUACCCAGAGUUCCGAAACAACCAUAGCGAUCAAUGAGCACACUCUAGCUGCUGCCGAAUUCUCUAAUGCAACAGCAGGAACAAAAAGUAUUGAAGCAUUGCGGGUACUAAGACUAUUAGAGCAGCAUCACUUACGCUUAUCUGAAUUACUUCGCACGCCAUCAAACACCCCAUCACCAAAUGCAGAACCUGAAUCCCAAACUGCUACCGAAAAAGACCAAAUUUCUUUUUCAAAAACUGUCGUUGUCCAAACUUUAAACUCGGACCAAGAUUUACAAUCUUCGUCGUCGCUACGAAGUCUGCCCGCACUUCCACAUCCACGUAGACUUCCUCCUCGAGAUUUGAGCUCUUCUAUUGCCAGUAACCUUGCAUCUGCAAGAGGUAUACGCAGUAGGAAUGCUAGGCAGUCAUUAUGCCCCAGCAUCUCCAUACACCAGACACCUGGUAGCCUCGAAGCCCUAUCACGUAGAGAUAGCAAACAAAAAAAAGUUCACUCAGUUCCUAGAAAUGGCGAUCAAGUAUCAAGGCGAGUUACGAAAAAUUCAAUCAAGAAUGAGAUUAAUAUAGAGGCUCGGUAUUCGGACCAAUCUUCGAAAAGUGAUGAGGGCUUUAGGCGAUUUUAUAAUACAUUCGAAAAUAUACUCUCCAGAAUAUCUGCUCCACUUGCCUUUACUGGACUCCCUCUCAUUAAUGAGGGGACAAUCACCGGUGAUUGUCCCUCCGAAAGUUCACAACUCACCAAAAUGCGCAACUCGACCCUUGAUCAAAAUCAAAUUGACGAGAUUGAUUUAUCCAAAUAUUUUUCACGGGCUUCUUUGAGGGCAUCUUCUCGAGACGAUUUAGUGACCAACGAUUCUUUUUGCGUUGUUCCAGCCACUAGCCGUAAUGUUUCUUACGCCCAUAUCAUGUCCUUUGAUGAAAAAGAAAAGCGACGAAUGGCCAUUAACACGCAUGUCAAGGAUACAAAAGUUGUUGAAGAUCUUGGAGAUGGAGUUGUAAUAGAUGUUGGGGAUGCACCAAGACUUACAGGCUCAAAAGGUUCUCUUGAAACUAAGCCAAGGUUAAGUGCCAAAGAACGAGAUAAUAAGCUUGAGGAACUAACGACAGAAAACCACUCAUUAAAAACCGCCAUUGACAAGCUCUCUAGACGUUUGCAUGCGUUUGAGAUUUCUGCCCAGCAAAAUAGUAUGGCGCUCGCGGAAAGUAUGCGAUUAAUGCGUGAUAUCAGUCCAGCCCAAAAAGAUCUGGCUCAAGGGAUUAUAACCAAUGGAAUAAUCGAGGAUAAUUCCUUUCACAGGCGUGUCCAAGAGCUUGAGGAACAAGUACGACUCGGGGGCAGAGAAAUUGUUUGUUUAAGGCGAGAGAACGAAAAGUUACGAAAUGUUGUAUCUCGUUACCGUGAGCGAUGGGACAAGUUAAAAGAAGGCGCAAAGUCCAGGAGAGAUGGAAAAGAGCUUACACCGACAGAACCAACGACGUAG